UGAGAGUUGAUAAAAUUUAUUCGUAAGCGCCAAGAAGUAUGAUUGCAUACUUUUAAACAUAACCACAAAAUGUGAGUCGUUUGAUUUUGUAAACUUUAAAUUAAUAGAAGUAAUUAUAUUAAAAAUUAUUGUAACAAAAAUAAAAUUAAUUAUAUGAAAUGGAUAAAAGCGAAGAGGAUUGGGCUGUUGAAUGUUCUGAUGAUGAAAAGUAUGAGGUUGACCCAAAGAAUGGCUGGAUUCAUAGCGCGGAGGAUAUAGUGUCUCUUAUAGAAGGUUUAGAAAACAAUGAUCGAGUCUUAGAACUCGAAUGGAAGUGUCCAGGAAGGCGUGAACCGUCUCCUGUAACUAUGAAUAAUCAUCAGCAGGAUCUAUUAAACGAGUAUAAGCCAAAAGAAAAGUCAGAUUUUGAUUUUAUGGAUGAAAUGUCUUCUCCAAGGUUACCGGUUCGAAGAGUUGGAGAAAGUACACCCAAAGGUAGUGCUAAGAAAAAAACUGCUAGUUUUAAUGGAGUAUUAUCAACAAUGCUUCGCCAUCGUAGAUUAGAGCAGCAGGAGAUUAAUUCAAGUCCUAAGAAGAUAGAACCAAAUUCACCAGGAAUAAAGUCAGAAAACAAACAUAUAUGUUAAAUGUAAUCGUUAAGUGAAGUGACAUGAUACAGUGAAAGUGAAAAGAUACAGUGGAGUCACUGAGAUACAUGAUAAAAAUAACGAAUGAUGAUCAACUAUUUUUUUAUCUAUGAAAAUGUUUUUUAUUUCAUUUUUUAUAGUCUAUAAUGGAGAUUGAAGACUAUGAUUACCUUUAACAGGUAUUGCAGAAUUAUCCUCUGUGAGGAUAAAAAAUAAUAAAUAUCUUCUUAAGACAAUAGAUUUCCUAUCAUUGUCAGUAUAAUUUUAAGUGUUAUAAAUCAUUGAAUCAAGGCUAUUUUUUGUUUGUAAAAACAAUCUUUAUUAAAUACAAUAUUGUGAACGUUUAUUCAUUAGGAACUAUGUUACUUUACAAAAUUUUAU